AUGGUAAAAGAAACCGCUUACUACGAGCUACUCGGCGUUGAACCUGAUGCAACAUCAUCAGAAAUCAAAAAGGCCUACCGUAAAAAGGCGUUAUCUAUGCUACCUGAGAAGCAUCCAAGUAACAUUGGAGCUAAUGAAAAGUUCCAAGCUAUUGCUGAAGCGUACCAAGUUUUGCAUAGUAAAGAGUUGAGAGAAAAGUAUGAUAAGCUCGGAAAAGAAGCAGCUAUUCCAAAGAAAGGUUUUGAAGAUGCAAGCGAAUAUUUUCCCACAAUAUUCGGUGGCGAGGGUUUUAAAGACUGGAUUGGCUCAUUUCUUCUAUUUCAACAAAUGAACGAAUCUUUGGACUUUCUAGAAGAAGAUUUAACACAAAAGCAAAAAGAAGAUAAAUUACUUGAACUAGACCAAAAAAGACAUCAAAAUGUUAAGGAAGAGGUGAAAGUGUUGGCAGAAAAGUUAGACCAUAAAUUAGAGAAAUAUUACUUUGCAGUAAAGGAUGGUAAAGUAGAUAAAUGGGUUAAAAAGGUAGAGCAGGAAGUAGAAAUUUUGAAGAUGCAGAGUUUUGGUAUUGAAUUAUUGCAUACCAUGGCACUUGUCUAUAGGACAAAAGCAAAUAACUUCAUUGCAUCAAACAACACUUUAGGGGUAUCAAAAAUUUUCACUAAGGUGCGUGAUGGCGUUAGAGAUUUCAUUAAUAAUUACAAUCUAAUCUCAACUAAUUUGUCAGCCCAACAGACUAUGGAACAGCUUGACGAAACGCAGGCUGGAAAAUUGACUGCAGAUGAGCGCCAUAAACUGGAAUCCUUAAUGGCAAGUAAGGCAGUGGCUGUAAUGUGGUCAGUUUCUAAAUUGGAACUGAUCAGCAAACUACGAGACGUUUGUAAUAAAAUAUUACAUGACGAAGAAGUUUCACCAAAAGAUAGAGUAGUUAAAGCUCAUGGUCUACUCCUAAUUGCCGAGAAAUUCGAAAAAGCCAAAAGAUCACCAGAGGAAGCAGAAGAAGCAAAGGUAUUCGAGAAGCUACUAGUGAAUGCAGAAGCUAGAGAAAUCCACAAGAAGCAAAACUCUAAACAUCAUAAAAAGCCGUCAACAAGCCUAAAUCACACUCGUAAUAACCAUAUCUGA